CUUUCAUUUCCGGGUGAGCGCUAGCGGGCGCCAUAUUGUCUUGUCCGUGAAGACGAGGAGUGAUAGCGGGGGCAGCGCGGCCGCGGAGCGGCGGCACCGGCGGCGGGAGGCGGGGGAGCGCUUGAAAUAUAGACUAUAUAAAGACUUAAAAGAUGUGGGAUCAAGGUGGACAACCUUGGCAGCAAUGGCCUUUGAACCAACAGCAGUGGAUGCAGUCAUUUCAGCACCAGCAAGAUCCAAGCCAGAUUGACUGGGCUGCAUUAGCUCAAGCAUGGAUUGCUCAGCGAGAAGCCUCAGGGCAGCAGAACGUGGUGGAACAACAAGGAAUGAUGCCAAACGGACAGGAUAUUUCAGGAAUAGAGUCUGGUCCAAACAACCAUAAUAAUUUUCAGGGGGAUCCCAAUUUCAACAGAAUGUGGCAGCCAGAAUGGGGAAUGCCUCACCAGCCCCCUCACCCACCUCCAGAUCAGCCGUGGAUGGCUCCAACCCCCCCAGGUCAAAUGGAAAUUGUUCCUCCGUCGGAAGACAGCAACAGCCAGGACAGUGGGGAAUUUACUCCUGACAACAGGCACAUGUUUAACCAGAACAAUCACAACUUUGGGGCACCUCCCGAUAACUUUGCAAUGGGGCCAGUGAACCAGUUUGACUAUCAGCAUGGGGCUGCUUUUGGUCCACCUCAAGGUGGAUUUCACCCACCUUAUUGGCAGCCAGGACCACCAGGGCCACCAGGUCCUCCAGCACCUCCUGCACCUACUCAGAAUCGAAGGGAAAGACCCUCAUUCAGAGAUCGACAGCGGUCACCUAUUGCGAUGCCUGUGAAGCAGGAGCCUCCCCAGAUUGAUGCUGUGAAGCGUAGAACUCUGCCUGCCUGGAUUCGUGAGGGCCUGGAAAAGAUGGAAAGAGAAAAACAGAAAAAAUUGGAAAAAGAGAGAAUGGAGCAGCAACGUUCACAGAUGUCCAAAAAAGAGAAAAAGGAAAGUGAGGAGGCUGAAGAAGGGGAUGGCCCACGGUUACCUCAGAGAAGUAAAUUUGACAGUGAUGAGGAAGAUGAAGAUGCUGAAAACACAGAAGCUGUAAGUGUUGGGAAAGUCAGCAGGAGUCCAUCCCCAGCUCCUCAAGAGGAGCAAAGUGAACCAGAAAUGACAGAAGAAGAAAAGGAGUAUCAAAUGAUGAUGCUGACAAAAAUGCUGCUGACAGAGAUUCUCUUAGAUGUCACAAAUGAAGAAAUCUAUUAUGUGGCCAAAGAUGUCCACCGUAAAGCAACUAAAGCUCCUGCAAAACAGCUGGCACAGUCCAGUGCACUGGCUUCCCUCACUGGACUCGGUGGACUGGGUGGUUAUGGAUCAGGAGACAGUGAAGAUGAGAGGAGUGACAGAGGCUCUGAAUCAUCUGAUACUGAUGAUGAGGAAUUACGGCACAGAAUAAGGCAAAAACAGGAAGCGUUUUGGAGAAAAGAAAGAGAACAGCAACUACUACUAGAAAAACAGCUAGAAGAAGAAAAGCUACAAAAUGAAAAAGUUUCAAAAGAGAUGAACGAAUUUACCAACAAAGAACAGAAUAAUAACUUAGCAUCACAGGAGGCAAAAGACAUUGAAGCAGAUAUGGUUCAUGAAAAGAAGAGAUCUCCAAAUGCAGUCGCUCCUGAUGUAGAACUCAAGAAAGAGGGUAAAGAGAGGACAGGAAGGAGUGGGUCAAGGAGCUCUAGCAGUGGUAGCAGCAGCAGCAAUAGCAGGAGCAGCAGCAGUAGCAGCACAGUGUCCAGUUCUUCGUACAGCACCAGCUCAGGUAGCAGCCGCAGCACUUCACGCUCUUCCUCUCCCAAGAGGAAGAAGAGGCACAGCCGCAGUAGGACGCCGUCACAUAAAGUUAGGCGCAGUAGGAGCAGGAGUUACUCCCACAGGAACAGGAGAGAGAGGAGUAGGAGCAGGGAGAAAAUAAGGGAAAGGAGAAGAUCUAGUAGAAAUCACAGUGCUGAAAGGGGGGAGAGGCGGAGAAAUCGGAGUCCUUCGAGAGAGAGAAGCUGGGACAGGCGGAGGAGCGGCAGCCGCUCCAGAGACCGGCGAGCCAACCGUGCGAGCCGCAGCAGGAGCAGGGAGCGGCGUAAAGCCGAGGAGCAGCGCAGGAGCCCUGCUGGAAAUAGGCACAAACAUAAAAGUGAGGGUAAAGAUCAAGAAAGGAAGAAGGAGCAGGGUGGAGGUGGAGAUAAAGACAAAAAAAAGAACAGAGAAAGGGAGAGAGAUCAGGAAAAAAGAAAAGAUAAGGCCAAAAAAGAGGAAAAAGAAAGUAAGGCUGGCAAUCAUGAGGACAGUAGAUUAAAGAGAAAAAGAGACAGCGAAAGAACUUUCUCUCGCAGUGAUUCAAUAUGUGUGAAAAUAAUAAGACAGGAUUCCAGACAAGAAAGCAAAAAAGUUAUUACCAAAGAUAGCAAAAAACGAUCAGGCUCUGAAUCUAGUGCAAGGAGUAGUUCUGAAUCACCAGGAAGCAGUAAAGAAAAGAAGUCUAAGAAAUCGAAGCAUAUUCGGUCAUGCUCCAUGGAGAAAUCUCAAAGGUCUGGUAAGAAGGCAAGCCGCAAACACAAGUCUAAGUCACGAUCAAGAUCAACAACUCCUCUUCGUCGUAAACGCUGAGGAAUUUAUGGCACCAGUGCUAUGAUGUUUAAAAAUUCCAUGAGUUAUAAAAGGCUUGUCUCAUUAUAGAGGCACAUUGUGGCUAUGUAGGUGAAACCAGAAUCCUUUUUUUUAUUUGUAAAUAGGUGUAUUUUUUCCAAAUGCUGCUCAGAAUAAUAGGAUUUCUUUGUAUUACAUUUUUUCAAGAACGGUAGUGCUUAUUAAGACUAUAAAACAGGCCAUUCUCUUUCAGCUGUAAUGUUCUUAAAAUUACUAUUGAAUGUACUGUGAUGUCAAUAAAGCUCUUUAGUUCAUUUUUUUGUUUAAAAUUCUUGCACCUGAAUUUUGUGGUAUAUGGUAGAAAGUACUUAAAAAAAAGAAAAAGAAAACGGCAGCUUUUUUGGUAUAACAGAUUUUUAAAGUACUUGAAAAAGAUUUAACAUGAAACACUUGUAAUCCAUGGACAUUAUGAGAUUACUUUAUUGGGGGUGUGGAAGAACAGAGAAAAGACAUCUUAUUUUUCUUUAGUUAUGUAUAAUAGACUUUUUAAUAACCCUUUUUUUUUUUUUGGUCUAGCUGGUACUAUAUGCUGUUUGUGUAAAAUAUGGGUCACUGUAACAAACUAUACUUAAACAGACUGAACCCCAUUAGGAAUAUGUGCAAUUAACUGAUCUCAUGUGGCAGUGUUGAGCUCUGGAACUCUAUUCCUCACCCAGUUUUCAGAGAGAUCUUUGGAUGUUCAGGCAUAUUACACACAUCUCACAAUUUUAGAUGUUUUUAUGGAGCAUGUUUAUAAACAUCACUCAGUGCACAUUGGAAACUGACAAUAGGUUAACUUGACAUUUUGGCACAUGCAUUAAAUGCGUAGUGAAUAUUGAAGCUGGUUCUUAGUUCACAAAAAUUAUGACUUGUGUAAAGCUGAUACAUUGAUGUAUUAGCAAUGCCACUAAAUUUUUGAUUUUAAUAUUACCACAGAAUGAAAGAGGUCACUGAUUACCUGCUUAAGGAAAUUGACUAUUGCUAUUAGAAACAAGAGUGUGAAAUAAUAGAAGUUAAAAAACAAACCAACCACACCCAACUCUAGGCCAGUGACUGUUACAGAAGAACAUAAAUUCAGGGAGAGAUCUGUGCCUAAAAGGUCUGGUAUGACACCAGUUGUGGAAAAGGUAAAAGACUUAACAUCGAAGUAAGUUCUCUUUGAUUGGCUCAAUCUUUUAAGAAAAAAUGGUACUGGUACAGGCAGCUUGGAAAGUAUGUCUUCAUGAAUAGAUAAAUCCAUUUAACUACAUCAAAAUUCAGCUAUGCAGCUUUUUUCCACUGUAAUUUUUUUCAUAAAUAAGAUGCAGAAAUGAACUGCUUCAGGGCAAAGAAAUGCAUUUUAACUAUGUGUUUAAUAAGCAAGCUAAUUGCUAGUGAAUACAUGCAUGUUUAUCAAAACACUGUUUCAGAUAAAUAAUCAGUUAUAAAUUAUAACACCCCCCUCAAUUAUAUCAUUCAUAUAGAGUAAGCAGUCAUAUUUAUUAGCAAAUAAGGCAUAAUUUACAACACACAACUUUUGCUUGCAUUGGUAGGAAUAUAAAUAAUGAUGUAUUGAUCCAAUCUCACAACACUCUUGGCUCUGGGUAAGAGUGAGGAAUUUUGGAAAGUAGGUAGCAUAACAGUUCAGAUGUCCUAGAUGUCCUUUCUGUCUCUUGUGAGAGACAGAAAGAAACUAGAAAUAAGCUUAAGAAAAGCUGUUGAGGAAUACAGUUUCCAGGAUGCAUUGAAUUUGAUUUUCAGUUCAGAUUUUAUAUUCUCUGUCUAAUAAUAAAAAAGAUUGUGUAUGAAAAGCUUUAUAUACUCUGCCAACAACUGGAAUUCUGUCACUUCCUGUAAAUAUGAAAAUUAUUUUUUUGACACAAAUGCACUUCUAUGGGUAGUGACUGUAUGCCAAUAAAAAGAGCAUACGAUCUCUGUA